AUGGAGGAGAUUUUCGCUCUGAUAGUCUCCAUGAUCCUCAUAGCUGCGGUGAUCCCUUUGUUCUUGUGGAAACGUCAGAUAGAUAGUAGAUCACGUGAGGAAGAUGCCGAACCGCCACAGGUUCAGCCGCGUGAAAACGUGGUUCGUGCUACUGGUGGUGGGCGUAGGAUGCGUCGGAGACCUGCAGCUUCUGGUGCUAGCUCCUCAUCAUCCAACGUUCAAGAAAACAUCAGUGGGAGUGAAGAUGAAGAUGAAGAUGAAGCCAGUGGAAGUCAAGCCAGAGCAUCAAAGAAGAAAGAGAAGAAGCGCCAAGAACGAGAAGCACAAAGACAGGCUGAAGAAGCUACACGCGAGUCAAGGAGUACAAAACAAGAUUGGUAUGCAGAGAUGCGAAGGAAGAAAGAUGAAGAGCGAGAGGCAGAGGAGCGGAAGUUGGAAGAAGAAGAAAAAGCAAGACAAGCCAAGGAAGAAGAGGCAGCUGCGUUAGAGUUUGACAAAUGGAAAGGGGAAUUCUCAGUUGAUGCUGAAGGUACUACAGAGGAAGUGCAGGGUGGAAACCAAGAUUUGCUUUCUGAGUUUGUUGAAUAUAUAAAGAAACAGAAAUGUGUUCCACUUGAAGAUCUCGCAGCAGAAUUUCAUCUACGGACUCAGGAAUGCAUCAACAGGAUCGCCUCUUUGGAGAGCAUUGGGCGGCUCUCGGGGGUUAUGGAUGAUAGAGGAAAAUACAUUUACAUAUCAAUGGAAGAGAUGAAUGCGGUUGCGGAUUACAUCAAACGUCAAGGAAGAGUUAGUAUCUCACAUCUUGCAAGCAAGUCGAACCAGUUCAUCGACUUGGAGCCCAAAGUACAACAUCAACUCACUGAAGAAAUCAGUGGCAUGGAAGAGGUCUCGGUUUCUUAG